AGCAUUUGUGCAGCGGUGGGCGGUAAAAGUCUCCAAAAGAGCCGAGGGACUUAUAAAUGUAAAGACCUUUCGCAGGUGAUGGCAACUUCACUUCUUGGGGAGGAACCGAGGGUAGGAUCCACUCCAUUGGCCAUGUUAGCAGCAACCUGUAACAAAAUCGGGAGCUCGAGUCCCUCCUCGGACAGCGGCUCGUUUGGGAAAGGCGGCUUUCACCCGUGGAAACGCGCGGCGCCCAGCAGCUGCUCUCUCUCUCCGUUCGGCACGCAGAGGAACGACACUUUCAGCGCCAACAGCUCGUUCUCCUUAACGGGCACCACCACCUCCACCAGCCCGUUUGGAAACGAAUAUCCGGUGUUUCAAACUUCAGUCGCCAACAGUUCUCAGGACCCGAGCGCGCAGUCAGUGUUCAUCUCAAAAGUGGACUCUCUCCAGGGGAUUUACCCAAGGAUGAGCGUCGCGCACCCGUAUGAAACGUGGUUUAAAUCCGCGCAUGCUGGCAUCUCCUCCGGGGAUGGAAGCGGAUCCUCCUGGUGGGAUGUUGGCACAGGUUGGAUUGAUGUUCAAAGCGCAAACGGUGCCGCGCUCCAGACGUCUUUGCAUUCGCCCCUGAGCGGCUAUAACUCAGACUAUUCCUCCCUCACUCAUUCCGCGUUCAGUGCCAGCCCGUCUCCACAUCUCCUGAGCAGUGGGCAGCACCUGAUGGACGGGUUCAAACCAGUUCUCUCCGCCACCUACACAGACAGCAGCCCUGGUGCCAACAGCGCGGUUUUAGCAGGGUCUCCUGUGGUGCCGCUGGCCGGGUCUCCGCGUUCCUCCACCAGGCGCUACUCUGGCAGAGCGACCUGCGACUGUCCGAACUGUCAGGAAGCGGAGAGGCUGGGGCCCGCGGGGGCCAGUCUGCGCAGAAAGGGCCUUCACAGCUGCCACAUCCCGGGUUGCGGGAAAGUAUACGGAAAGACCUCUCAUCUCAAGGCGCAUUUGCGCUGGCACACCGGUGAGAGGCCGUUCGUGUGUAACUGGCUCUUCUGUGGGAAGCGCUUCACCAGAUCCGACGAGCUCCAGCGGCAUUUACGCACACACACCGGGGAAAAGAGAUUCUCCUGUCCAGUGUGUAACAAGCGCUUCAUGCGCAGCGAUCAUCUCAGUAAACACGUAAAAACGCACAGCGCCGGGGAACCCGGGUCUAACGGGGUUAAAAAGGGCAGCGAUACCGACAGCGAACAGAGUGUACCGGGCAGCCCAGCCUGCCAGUCCCCGGAAAUGAUCCACAACACAGAACCCGUUCAGAACGGACUCUGAAAAGAACUAAAACGCGUUGCACGAGUGCAUUCUUAAAGAUAAAGGUUCAUAUUAGAAACAAAACAUAAUUUAAAUAUAACUUUAUUCUCAAAUUAAUUGGAAGAUGAUCUGGCGCGUACAAAUCUGAAGAACCGAAUAAUAAACAGCAGCAAACAGUUUAAUCUCCAAAGAGCCGCACAUUCUCUAAAAUAAAGCUUCUAAAAGGGUUUGUUUCGUUUUGAAAACUUCUGAAAUUAAUAGUCCAAAUAAAGAAAACUUUUCCACUACAAAGAACUGUUUCAGAAUGGAAACCUGAGCCACAGGUGCCAAUAAAGAACCUUUAUAUUUAGGAAAGAGCAACUCUUAUUCUUGAUAAGAAGUUAAGAUGUUUAUGUGUGUUCAAGAGGCAUCGACGAGCCUUAAUGUUUAAGAAUGUUCAGUGCGCAUUUAAAGGCCAGUGGAUUUAUGAGAUUAGACGCAAAUGUUCAAAAAAAAAUUAUGAUAAUUGACUGUAAAUCUUCAGAAGGUCUCUCUCAGGUGUUCUUGGAUAUUUAAACUAUUACUUUAUGAAUAAAGUGAUCAAAUAACCUCGUAAUGCAGGUAAAAAUGAAACGAACUGCUGAACUUAUUUUGCGCUGCAUCUCCAGAUUCUCCAUUCACUCCAGAUCUGUUAAGGGCACUUCAUUACUUAAGAUACGAAAUCAAGGAUUUUAUUUCUUAACAGCUGCACAUUUGUUUUUACUCAACCAAACUGUUUUAUUUUGUGCUCCUUGAUUUUGAAACACAAAGUCUCUGCCCGAGUGAAUCUACGGACCAUGUUAAAAUCCGCGCAUCAUCUGGAGGUCAAAAGUGCGCUUUUGUACAUUAGUCUUAAUUUCAUCGUGCAGUUGUUAUCUAUGACAGUGAAUCUCAACUCUUCUCAAUGCAAAGUGAAAUUGUACAUAGGAUUGUCUUAAAACUCUAUUUAUCAUCGAGUUUGAUUUGUGCUUUGAAGUCUAUCAGAGUCGCACUUUGAAUCUAUAUUUAUAAUUUCGGGAUCGGAUCAACUCGAUCGUCUUUUGUUUAUCAUUUGUUUUAUUAUUAUUAUUUAAUUGAGCAUGUGUGUUUGUAUUUACUGACCGUUUACUUUGAGAUAAUAAAGUCACAUUUGACUUGGA